UUUUACUUAAAGUCGCCGUAAAGCAGAGCGGCAGCGUGCGCCACGAUGCGUCUCCAUGCUAGUUAGCAUUUUGCUAGCACAAGCUACCGCUAUAAGCCCUCAGCAUUGAGUGCUAAUCUUUAAAUUUGGAGUCGCAAUCAAAUAAUUUCGAGGACGAACGCAUAUAUACAUUGUCCAAUGUGCCUUUAGUUCUACAUACGCACAUUGUUUAACAAUUAGCGUUGUUGCCGCAAACUCUUGUUUCAUUCUAUUUUGUCGUUCUCGUGGUCUGAUCAAUGUCUUAGAGACCCACCCGGUUUUAUGUAAUUCUGCUUCGUUGAAUGUAGUUGUUUUCAUUUUGACAAUGGUUGCAAUAGUGUUUAGCAGGCAGAUGGCAAUCUCCGUGAACUUGUACACAUAGCAGACGGUUCUGCUGAGAUUGGCAACGAUUGUUCCUUACUGUACAUUUAAUCCCCGCGGGCGGGCGGGUGACUUGUGACGGGCUAUCGUGGCGUGUCUGCGGCCAGUGGUCGGUCUGAGGGACCAAUCAUGGGCCAGUACCGCUUCGCAGUCCACCCGUGUCACGCAAGAGAGAGAAAGAGUGUGUAAAGCUACAUCUCUGAACAUCAUUAGUAUCGUCAUACACCAGAUUUGUUUUCUGCCAUGAAUUGACAGGGCCUUUAUCUGCACUGAAGCUAUGAUUCCAAAAAAAAAAAGCGCGAGCAGCCUUGGGAUGUGCUCCUCUGAGUGCUUGUGUGCGCCCAGUCCUUUGCGGUGAUGUACUGCAGCUAUCAGGACCGGCAGGAGUUGGAGGAUGAUCUCUACCGGGAAGAUGAGGAGGAAUCUGAAGGCUCGGAGGCCACCAGCGAGCUGGAGUUUCACCUCUACGGUCAGCUCCACUACUCUUCCAACACGGGGACUACUGAGGGGCAAGAUGGAGAGGAUCGGCCUCGCCGGGAGCUCCACGCCAGCGAAAAGCCGACGGUGACGGCCGUCAGUGUCGAACUUGAAGACUCUGCCAAAAAACGGAAAGCAUCCUUGAAUGACAAACGUGUCAAACAGAAGAAGGAAAAAAGUUGCCCUCAACUGCGAAGACCAUCGUCGGGAUUUGAGCAGGUCAUCGUCAUCGACUCCGGCCCUGAGGUUAUAACCGUGUCUGACGACUCUUCCUCCUCCUCAAGUGAUGACGAUGAAGGAGUUUGUGCCUUAAAGGGAGGCAUUGGAGGUCGAGCGCUGAGGUCGACCCCGGCCCAAAAGGCACCCCGUAACAAGGUGACCGACAUCACUCCCGUGACUUUGCCUUCAAGCAGCUCAGAAGAGUCCGAAUCUGAUUGGGAAUCGUAUCUUUCAUCCGACUCGGACGUUCUGGAGAACUGGAUGAUCCUGGGUCGAGGCAAUGAAGAUGGCGACCGUUCCAUUUCGCUCAACCUGGAAGGUUCCACCGACAACAAUGCAGAUUUGGAAGUAGAUAACGAUUGCAGCUGGCUGGUUUCGAAUAAGGACAGGGAGGCUCAAAUCUUCAACAAAGAGAGGCGAGCCAGAACGGCCAUAUCGCGUGUCGCCAACAGAUAUUACACCGAUAAGAAUGUCCACUGCCGGAACUGCGAUAAAACUGGACAUCUAUCCAAGAACUGCCCUGAUCCCAGAAAGAUGCCCGUUUGCUUCCUUUGCGGCGAUCCCAGCCACGUAGGCAGCAACUGUCCCUUUAAGCACUGCAACAACUGCGGCCUUCCGGGUCACCUGUACGAUUCCUGCAGCGAAAGGGCCUACUAUCACAAACGCUGCCAUCGCUGCGGCAUGACGGGCCACUUCUUUGACGCUUGUCCAGAGAUCUGGAGACAGUAUCACAUCUCGACCGAGACGGGCCCUCCUUUCAAGCAGAAGGGGGAGGACAACGGCCGAAGCCCCGCCUACUGCUACAACUGUUCCAGAAAAGGACACUUCGGCCACGGCUGCACCCGGCAGCGGAUGUUCAGGGGGACGUACGCCACCACGCCCUUCAUCAACCAUUACGACACCACUGAGGACAUCAACCGUAGACAGCACAGGCUGAAGUUCAAGGUCAAAGAACUGAAGGAAAACGGCCUGAUGCCCAACGGUUCUCGGACCCCGUGUAGCCCGGGACCGCCGAAGAAGAAGCAAAAAGUCGUCUCUCCCAACAACGGCCACCCCUUCCACCGUAAAGCUCACAGGACUUGGGGCUGCCGCGCAGCCACUCCCAGCCAUGUUUUUUUUCACCACGGAGACGACUCGAGGGCUGCAGUAUUUCCAAAAAGUAAGUCGUUCAAGGGCAAGCAACAGGAGAGCGCCGGCAAACGGUGGAAGCCCAAGCGGGCGGUGCCCAGAGAGCGCGUCGUCCCGCCCAAACUCGACUGUGACGAGGACGCCGAUUUUCCGAGGGGGCGGGGCGCCGGGGAGAAAACGCAACAGAACGACAACAGCAAAAAGAGGAAACGGAAGAAGGACAAAGAAGUUUCAUCGGCGGGCCUCAAGGAAACUCUUCGGAGGACACCACCAGCCGGGAAGUCAAAGAAAGACAAACGUGAACAGAAAAGAAAUCAGCCGCAUCUGAAAAUGGCCGCUCCGAUCCAUCCGACGGACGAGAAUCUGUUUAACAUCAAGCAAAGGAAACGCAAGCGAUGGCACCGUGCGAGCUAGUCGCUAUGAAUUAAAGCUCAUCUUUGUUUUCCCUUCCA